UUUCUUCUGGAUGAACCACUUUCAUUUUGUAUAGUUCAAUGGGAAAGUUAGAAUUCAUCCAUUAAAUCACUCGCCCGUAGUUUGUUCCUGCAUUUGCAUGUGUUAAUUUAUAGAUGGUUACUGUUUAGGAACAUCAUGGAUCAUGUUGGCUAGAAAUGUACAGAAUGUUGGGACAAUGGAAUAUGACUAAUGCACUGGAGUAAUUAUGAAAGAUUGAGCCUUUAUUUAUGAAUUAUGAGCAGAGAGGUCAUUAUUUUAUGCAUGUAAUCUUAUGUAAUGCUGAUAUGUAUCAUUAGAGCAAGGUACUUAUUAAAUUCCAAGGUCAUUAACAUGAAUAGAAAUCUCCCCUCCCCCCAAAAUUACAUGUUACCAAUAGAGCAAGGUACAUAUGAAAUUUGAAUGUCAUUAGCAUGAAUGAAUAGAUCUCCUGUCUCCAAAUGACAUGUUUCCACUCUGUCCCACCACCAAAUUAUAUUUUAAUUUUUUUAAGUGGUGGGAGUAAGUGGAGACAUGUAAUUUGAUGAGAGGAGAUUUCUAUGCCAUUAGGAUGGAUUGUUCUCAAUCACUCUAGUAAUUUGUGAAUUUGGUUGGUGCUAAUAUAAGAUGUAUUAUACUUGGAGCACAUCAUUUGCUGGUUGAGUAUUCUUCACUUGAACCCUUAGAAUGAUCCAUUGGCACAGCAAAAUGUGACGAUGCUAACUCAAGCCUAACACCUCAAGAGAAUUGAAAUCCCACUUGAGGCUUUACUGAUGAUUAACCUGUUAUUGCUCUGGAAAACGUAGAACUUAUAGAAGAGUGAUUCUCCCCAUCUUAUCCAGUUUGUAGUUUCUCUGUCUUGACAUUAAUCCAAAGUUGUCUUUGAACUUCUAAAAUUGACUAUGCUAUAGAUGCUUGCUAUAGAAGGACACUGCUUCCACUGAUCCUAUUAGUGAAAAAAAGAUUACUCAAGACAUGCAAAUUUUACAAUUUAGUUUUUAGAUUAUGUAGUAUUUGAUCUGUCACAUAUGUAGUGAGAAGAGAAAGAAAUAUGCAAGGGAGAGCUAAGUUUAAAUGCUAAAUAUCCGUAAUGAUGAUGACAAUUUAGUUGGGUACUUUCAUGUUAGUGUACGUCUAGGUUUCUUAAGCCCCACUUAUUUAUAUAGGCACACACAUAUAAUACAAUAGGGUUUUUUUUUUAAAAAAAAAAGACUUCACUGCUAAAUCAAAUCAAUUAUGUUUUUUGGUCACUUUGUUCUCCUGUAUCAUCCUGCAUUUAAUGAUAUAAUAAAGCUUAAUAAUUUGAAAGAUCCAUAACCAGAUUUUCAACAUAUAGGAAAUAUCCAAGCUUAUUAACAAUUCAGCAUUUAAGAUCACAGGAUCCUAUAAUUUUAGGAAAAAAAUCAGCCCAUAUAAAUACAUUAUGGCUAUCAAUAGUUAUAAAGAGAGUACCAUAUGAUCCUAUUGUAAUCUUUCUCAUUUAAACACAGAUACACCACACUAUAUAUGCUUCAAUAGCACAUACAUAUAACAAGUACUUGAAAUACAUAAUAUUUGUUUCCCCCACUUUUAAAGAAAAGAAAGUUUCCUAUACAUAAACCCCACAAAUAUUUAUAUAGAUACAUCAGAUUACAACAUUUCCAGUUAAUCUCUUGUAUUAGUAUUUUUAAAAUGCACUUGGUCCAAGCUGGUUGCCGUAACACAUCAAGGGGUUAUUCGAUGCAAAAUGGCCUGGAUCGAAGGCUAACCUCAAUCACCAAACCGAAACUGAAGGCCGACGCUAAACCAUUUGCUGCCUUCAAACACAGCGAGGCCGAAAGAAUUAGAAGAAUGCGCAUUAAUGGUCAAUACGCCACCCUUCGUACUAUCCUCCCAAACUUGAUUAAAAUGGACAAGGCGUCAGUCCUGGCAGAAACGAUCAGGCGAGUGAGGGAGCUGAAGAAGGCAGUGGAGGAAGUGGAAGCGGUUUGCUGCACCGUUGUCCCCGGCGGAGAGGAUGGGUUGAGUUUGGAAUAUUCAGGAGGAGUUGAAGAAGAUGGUCAGGAUUCAGGAGCAGCAGGGUUAGUGUUUAUAAAGGUGGCGUUGAGCCUUGAGGACAGGCCAGGACUCAUGUUGGAGUUGAUAAACGCUGUAAAAUCGGUCAAGGGCGCUGGAGGAGUUGGAUUAAUAAGGGUGGUGAAGGCUGAGAUGGUGACCGUUGGAGGGAGGACCAAGACCCUGCUGUGGCUGCAACCAAUGCCACCGCCGGCUAGCUCAGGUAGCAGCAGCGGUAGUGGUGAUUAUGAUGGGGAAGGAGUACUGGUGAUGCUUAGGAGGACUUUGAGGGUAGUUCUUGUCAAAAAAUAAAAAUAAAAAUGGAAAAUGCUAAAGUUACAAUAUGUUGUUAUGUAGUUUCUUAUUUUAUUUUUGGUUUUACUUAUUACUAACUAACUAAAUUAUGUAUUUAUUUAUUUAUUAUAUGUACAGCUCGAAGAUACUACUUCCCUAUUAAUAUUGGACGCAC